UGGUAAUCUGCUCAUUGAAUAAAUAAAAUAUAAUUUCACAAUUUUCAUUUGUAACAUCUAAAAUCCCAACAAAGGACAGGACGCCUUCCCUCCCUCUCUUAUUUUUUUUUCCGGAGAUUAGAAGGAAAUAGCAAAAUAGCUUGCUUUUUAUUCUUCAAAUGUACUUUUGAGAAGAAAACUUUCCUCACUAAACUUAACAAGAAGAUGCAAUGGGAGCCUCCAGCGGACCAAGGCUGUCUGGGAUGCAGAAGCAAGUACUUAGUCUAUACAGAGGGUUUCUGCGAGCAGCUCGUUCCAAAUCUCCUGAAGAUCGGCACCAGGUUGAAACAAUAGUAUCAACAGAGUUUCGCCAGAAUUCCAAGCAAGUAGAUCGAAAAAAUUUCAUCUACAUUGAAUACUUACUUCGCCGUGGUAAAAAACAACUUGAGCAGCUCAAGAGCCCAGAUACUGUCAGAUUAUCAUCAUUGAAUGUAAGUUUAUCACAAACCAAAAAUUCUGAGAAAUGAAUGAACAAUAUAAAUUCAUUUGUUAUCAAUUCUGCCAAGCUAAAAUUUCAUUGGAUCCAUUGUUGGUGAAAAAGGGAACUAAAGGUCCCAAUAUCUGAUAUUACAAUAAAUUAUCAAAUUGUGCUCUUCAGAUCUGUUACAGGAAACUAUUAAAUAUUAGUCCCAUU